CUAUGGAGUGUCCGGGGAGACGGCGGGCAUGACGGCGGCAGGAUGGGCGCGAACAAUGGCAAACAGUACGGCAGUGAGGGCAAAGGCAGCUCAAGCAUCUCAUCCGACGUGAGUUCAAGUACAGAUCACACGCCGACCCAAGCCCAGAAGAAUGUGGCUACCAGUGAAGACUCCGACCUGAGCAUGCGCACCCUGAGCACGCCCAGCCCGGCCCUGAUAUGUCCACCGACCCUGCCCGGAUUUCAGAAUGGAAGGGGCUCGUCCACCUCGUCGUCGUCCAUCACCGGGGAGACGGUGGCCAUGGUCCACUCCCCGCCCCCGACCCGCCUCACCCACCCGCUCAUCCGGCUCGCCUCCCGACCCCAGAAGGAGCAGGCCAGCAUCGAGCGCCUCCCGGACCAGGCCAUGGUGCAGAUCUUCUCCUUCCUGCCCACCAACCAGCUGUGCCGCUGCGCGCGCGUGUGCCGCCGCUGGUACAACCUGGCCUGGGACCCGCGGCUCUGGAGGACUAUCCGCCUGACGGGCGAGACCAUCAACGUGGACCGCGCCCUCAAGGUGCUGACCCGCAGGCUCUGCCAGGACACGCCCAACGUCUGUCUCAUGCUGGAAACCGUAACUGUCAGUGGCUGCAGGCGGCUCACGGACCGAGGGCUUUACACCAUCGCCCAGUGCUGCCCGGAACUGCGGCGCCUGGAGGUCUCGGGCUGUUACAACAUCUCCAACGAGGCGGUCUUCGACGUGGUGUCCCUGUGCCCCAACCUGGAGCACCUGGAUGUGUCAGGGUGCUCCAAAGUGACCUGCAUCAGCUUGACCCGGGAGGCCUCCAUUAAACUGUCCCCCUUGCACGGCAAACAGAUUUCCAUCCGCUACCUGGACAUGACGGACUGCUUCGUGCUGGAGGACGAGGGCCUGCACACGAUCGCCGCGCACUGCACGCAGCUCACCCACCUGUACCUGCGCCGCUGCGUGCGCCUCACCGACGAGGGCCUGCGCUACUUGAUGGUCUACUGCGCCUCCAUCAAGGAGCUGAGCGUCAGCGACUGCCGCUUCGUCAGCGACUUCGGCCUGCGCGAGAUCGCCAAGCUGGAGUCGCGCCUGCGGUACCUCAGCAUCGCCCACUGCGGCCGCGUCACCGACGUGGGCAUCCGCUACGUGGCCAAGUACUGCGGCAAGCUGCGCUACCUCAACGCCCGGGGCUGCGAGGGCCUCACGGACCACGGCGUGGAGUACCUCGCCAAGAACUGCGCCAAGCUCAAGUCCCUGGACAUCGGCAAGUGCCCGCUGGUGUCCGACACGGGCCUGGAGUGCCUGGCCCUGAACUGCUUCAACCUCAAGCGGCUCAGCCUCAAGUCCUGCGAGAGCAUCACGGGCCAGGGCCUGCAGAUCGUGGCGGCCAACUGCUUCGACCUGCAGAUGCUCAACGUCCAGGACUGCGAGGUGUCCGUGGAGGCCCUGCGCUUCGUGAAGCGCCACUGCAAGCGCUGCGUCAUCGAGCACACCAACCCCGCCUUCUUCUGAGCGCGCGUGGCGCGCGCCGCACGGACCCCCACGAACCCCUUUCUAGAAAGCAGCGUAUGUAAGCACCGACCGCCGCUCGCUCGUAACGGCUCUUUCUUCCUGGAAGGUUCUUAGGCAUCCGGCUUUUCUUUCUCCCUAUGUCUGGCGGGCCCACAGGGGUCAAGGGA